GCCGGCCCUCCUUCCUCCCUUCCCCUGAGCCGGCCACAGGGAAGAAGCGAAGCCGCCUUGCCCCCCUCAGGGCUGGGAAAGAGCCAGCGGGGCGGCUCCAGCGCAGCCAGCCCUCCGCUGUUUCCUGCUCUGUAUUCAAUUAGAGCAAAGAGGAAGGAGAAGCAGGGCCUCCCCUCCUCUCUGACCCCUGCGGCCUCCAUUUUCUCUCUGAGAGGAGGAGAUGCCUCUCCUUUCCUCGCCAGGAGAAGGAGGACCCUGCAAGUGAAACAACAUGAUUCAUCCACUUGUGUCUCUGGAUGUUGGACAUUCGCGUCUGGUUUACUUCUUGAAUAGAACUAGAGGACGGGGCUCUUCAAAUAGUACCUACUGCUACCACACUGCAGAUGGAAGUACUGUGCUUCAAGGUGUAACUUUUGGGGGAGUCCCUACUGUUCUGCUGCUUGAUGUAACUUGCUUUUUGAUGUUAAUGUUGAUGUUUUCCUUUAUAAGAAAAAGAUUCUGGGAUUAUGGUCGCAUCGCACUAGUAUCAGAAUCUGACAGUGAAUUCAGAUUUCAUAGAUCAUCAGAAUCCUCCUCCAUGCCUGAUGAACUGGACCCUGAUGAGGGCUUUUGUUCUUGGAUGGUGUCUGCUUUUCGAAUGCAUGAAGAAGAAAUUCAACAAAAAUGUGGGAAUGAUGCCAUUACCUAUCUCGCCUUUCAGCGCCAUCUCAUCUGCCUGUUGAUUGUUGUCAGCAUGUUAUCUUUGUGCGUCAUACUGCCUGUAAAUUUAUCAGGCGACUUACUUGAUAAAGACCCUUACAGUUUUGGAAGAACUACUAUAGCAAACCUGGAAACCGGUAACAAUCUUCUCUGGCUGCACACAAUUUUUGCUGUUAUUUACCUGAUCUUGACAGUUGUCUUUAUGAGACAUCAUGCUAGAUCCAUCAAGUACAAAGAAGAAAGUAUUGUGAAACGCACAUUGUUCAUAACUGGCCUUCCCAAAAAUGCCCAGACAUCAUGUAUUGAAGACCACUUUCUUGCAGCAUAUCCAACCUGCCAUGUCCAAGAUGUUCAAUUCUGUUAUGAUGUAUCCCUCCUCACCUAUCUGUACAGAGAGAGAAAAAAGGCAGAGAAAAGUGUGGAUUAUUAUACAGAAAUGUUUGAGAAGUUUGGUCAACGAAUUUCCAUAAACACAAGACUAUGUGGCCAAUUCUGCUGUUGCAACCUCAGAGGUUGUGAAAAGGAAGAUGCUAUAGACUACUACAAAAGUGUUAGCGAUAAAUAUUUGGAAGAAUAUUUGAAAGAGAAGGAGAACAUCUAUAAUAAGCCAUUGGGGGUGGCUUUUAUAACAUUCCUGGAGAAAUCCAUGGCAACACAUGUUAUUAAAGAUUUCAAUGCCUGUAAAUGUCAAGGCUAUAAGUGUAAAGGAGAGCCUCAGCCAUCAGCCCAUAGCAAAGAACUCUGCAUCACAAGAUGGAAUGUUUCAUAUGCUACCAAUCCAGAGGAUAUUUGUUGGAAUAAUCUCUCAGUUCAAGGCAUAAAGUGGUGGUUUCGGUGGUUCUGCAUCAAUUUGCUCCUUUUUGUUGCGCUCUUUUUCCUGACAACGCCUUCCAUCAUUAUCACAACAAUGGACAAGUUCAAUGUAACCAAGCCUAUUCAUUAUCUUAAUAACCCUGUUAUUAGCCAGUUCUUCCCAACAGUCCUUCUGUGGUCCUUUUCAGCUUUACUACCAAAUAUCGUGUAUUACUCAACACUAUUUGAAUCACAUUGGAAAAAAUCUAGUGAAAAUAGAAUAAUGAUGCAUAAAGUGUACACGUUUUUGAUCUUCAUGGUGUUAAUUCUGCCUUCACUUGGUUUGACAAGUCUGGAUUUCUUCUUUCGUUGGGUGUUUGACAAAGCAACUGAAUCUAGAAUUAGAUUAGAGUGUGUCUUUCUCCCUGACCAAGGAGCUUUUUUUGUGAACUAUGUGAUUGCAUCAUCUUUUAUUGGCAAUGGGAUGGAACUAGUACGUUUGCCAGGCCUCAUGUUAUAUACCAUUCGUAUGUUUCUGGCCAAAUCUGCUGCAGAGAGAAAAAAUGUCAAACAGCAACAAGCAUUUCAAUUUGAGUUUGGAGCAAUGUACGCUUGGACAUUGUGUGUUUUUACAGUCAUCAUGGCUUACAGCAUCACUUGCCCCAUUAUUGUCCCAUUUGGGUUAAUUUAUAUGCUUAUGAAGCAUACCGUUGACCGACACAAUAUAUACUAUGCAUUCCUUCCUUCAAAGCUAGAGAAAGAGCUCCAUGUUGCUGCUGUGAAUCAGGCCCUGGCUGCUCCAAUUCUCUGCCUGUUUUGGCUAUAUUUUUUCUCAUUUUUGAGACUAGGUUUUAAAGCACCUACAACUUUAUUUACACUCCUGGUUUUAGGUAUAGCUAUUGCUGUUUGCUUAGGCUAUACCUGCUUUGCCUGCUUGAAAUAUCUGAGCCCUAUGAAUUACAAGGUAGAAGAAUAUUCAGCUGAUGAAAGAGAAGAUGAGCCACAUUCAAUAUCAACUCUAAAAUCUUCUAUAUAUGUUCCUUACGUUCUGCAAAGUAGUCCUACUGAAAGAACACUUCUGUCUCAUAUGGACCAGCGGUGGUAUGGCACCUUGUCAAAAGCCUGUCCAGUAACGGAAAAUGUCCUCCAUGUGACUUAUGCCAACGAACCUGAAUUUAUCGGAGAGACAUAAAAGUAUGGGCCAGGAUGUCAUGGACUAUCACGAGGUGGCGCCAUUGGCCCUAUUUUGGAACAGUAGAUUUCACUAAAAUGUUCCUAUAUUGCACAGCUUGGCCAUUCAGCAAAAUUUCAGUUGUGCUAUUUUACAAAGUUGCCAUCCUGGGAUUGGUUGCUUUUAUGUGCCAUUACACAAAUUGUGACAUAAGCAAACUGAAUAGCAAUGCUCACAGAAACCACUUUGGUUUAAUUCUUUUUAUGGCAAAAUUAUACUGUAUGGGCAUGUGCUAGAUCACUGGUAUUUGUUAAACACCUGGGUGGGGGUGGGGGGGAGAAGAGAUUUGUCUAAAGGCACUACUUGUUUCAAUAAUAAAUAGAACAUAGGAAAAGCCAAGCAAAUGAAUUCUGGGGAGUGUUCCAAUUCUCUGCCCAUGCCUUCCAGAGAUGGCAAGAGUAUUCUUCUUCUGAGAAGAGGAUUUUCCUGCAAAUGUAGAAGGGAUGAUGAACUAGAAUAAAAGGACUUGGGGUGACAAGCAUUGCUUAUCGAGAAUUUUUAUAAAUGUGGAGUGAGUUAAUUUUCUGGUCACUGUUUUAAAACCCUCACACAAGGGAAACUUAAUUUGCCAAGCAAUAAAGGAUAUGAACAUUUUAUCAUUUUUAAUCUGUCUGGCUUAUUAGAAAAGUCAACUUUAAAUGCCAAGAAUAUCAUAAAUGUAAUGUUAACUAGUUUUUAAAUUAUGAUGCAGGUGUACAUUUCUGCAAGACGCUAUGUUGGAUCUAACUGUAAUUAAGCAAUCACAUGGAAUAAAACACUGAAUUGAGAUACAUUUGUAGUAGUGUAUAUAGAUUUUUUUUUUGCAAAACUCUGUGCUUUCUGUUCCCUGAGAAAAUACCAUACCAAUAUCUGAAUGUAGAGCAUCCCAGUCCUUCCCAAUAAAAUUUUGUUACAUGCA